GGUUUGAUGACAACAUAUCUUUCUAUAUUUAUUAUUUUAUUAUUCCAAUGGCAGAAGCAAGUGGAUAUCCUGGAGUGACCAAACCUUUAGCUUUAGUUCCACCAGAGAAACGAGACUUAGCAUUAACAGAUGAUCUCGUUCGAACCCUGGCUUCAUGUGGAGCUUAUGAAAAUGAAGAACGCACCAAGCAACGACAAGACAUUCUUACGUAUUUGGAAAAGGUGGCACAGCGUUAUAUCUCCAACAUCUGUCAGCGAAAGAAACUGUCGCAUGAUGAGUAUACGCAUGCCGGAGGUAAAGUCUUGACUUAUGGAAGUUAUCAUUUAGGUGUUCAUUCUACAGAUGCGGAUAUUGAUACACUGUGUGUGAUUCCAAACCUUGUGACAAGAGAAGAGUUCUUUGAUGAAAUGUCAAAUUUUCUUCGAUCAAACCAACGAGUACACCAGCUAAACGUGGUGAAAGAUUCAUAUGUUCCCGUCAUUAAAUUCAAAUAUGACGAUAUCUCUAUUGACUUGGUGUGCGCAAGAGUGAAUAUGCCUCGAGUGCCCGACGACAUUGACGUCAAUGAUCCAGCCAUUUUAUAUGGACUAGACGACCAAUCGAUUCGUAGUUUAAAUGGCAACCGAGUAUCCAAGGAUAUAUUGAGGCUUGUCCCAAACGUGGAAACGUAUCGUACAUCUUUACGAUGCAUCAAAUUAUGGGCUACACGCAAAGGUAUUUAUUCCAACGUGAUUGGGUUUUUGGGCGGGAUUGCUUGGGCAUUACUUGUAGCACGUAUCUGUCAAUUAUAUCCUCUUGCCUGUCCCAGUACGAUUAUUAGUAAAUUCUUUGGGAUCUUGAUCAAUUGGUCUUGGCCAUCACCCGUAUUACUUCAAAAGAUUGAAGACUAUCCAAAUUUCUCACUCAAGAGUUGGAACUCGCGUACGAAUCCUCAAGAUCGUAUGCAUAAGAUGCCAGUGAUUACACCCUCCUUUCCUAGUAUGUGUUCCACGCACAAUGUGACGGCUUCCACAUUCCGCAUUGUGCUGGGAGAAUUCAAGAUGGCGUCAGAAACGGUGGAUCGAAUUAUGAACGGGAACGCUCCUUGGAGCUCAUUGUUUACAAAUCAUACGUUCUUUAAAAAUUACAACCAUUAUUUACAAGUCGUGGUGAGUAGUGAUGACCCUGUGCGUCAAUUGAAAUGGGCAGGAUGGAUCGAAGCCAAAUUAAGACAGCUGGUGAUCAAAUUAGAAACUGUCCCCGCGAUGGCACUUGUACACCCAUUCUUCAAAGGAUUUGAUUAUAAACAAAAUUGUCAGACAGCGGCAGAAGCAUUUUUAGCGACGCAUGGUGUAGAUAUUGAUACAUUUAAACAUACUCCUCCUAGUCAACCCUUAGAGAAGACAGUCUACACCAAAGUGUUUUAUAUCGGACUUUAUAUCCGAAUUUCCAAUAUUAGCUCAGAACAAUCGCGCACGAUCGAUUUGGUGCGACCUAUUGCGGAAUUCAGCCAUAUGGUGAAGCAUUGGCAGGAAUUUGAUGAAAGACAUAUGGGUAUAGUGAUUGAGAAUUUGAAACGAUCUCAAUUACCAGCAGAUGUAUUUCCUGAAAAAAGCCAGGUGCCUGUUUCUAAGCGAGUGAAGUCGAAUUCACCUCCACCGGCAUCUACACCGAGUCGACCCAAUAGUACCCCACUUCCUAGUACGAAUAAUAAGAAAAAGAUGAAGAUGAAUGAUAUGCCAAUAGUGUCUUCUCCCGCUUCGUAAACCCUCAAAAACAACCAAAAAAUGGAGAGGUAUAUUAUUAAAAAAAAAAAAAAAAAAAAAA